UCUGCUUCACUUCCGUCCACUGAGUUGGUCCAGCUAGACCUACUCGGGUUGCAACCAUGGGGCCGGGACUCUCUGCAAGAUUAACUUGGAUCUGCGUGUUGCUGAUUAGCGGCGCUGCUAGCCUGCCGGUCCGACAUGACAACAGGUCUACGAACCAGGACACCACGGACUCGCUCGCUGGGGCCGUCUCUCCAAAGAAUCUGCCUCAAAGCUCCGACUUCCCCGCGGAAGCGGAUGAACCGGCGAACCCCACGGCCGACACAAAGGCAGCUUUGAGUGUCUCACGUGAGGCCGAGGCUGUGACCUACGACCACAACGCCAACAAGAUAUCGAGUGGUGCCGUGCCUCAAGCUGACGUUCCCAUUGCCAGUGACAAAUUCAGACCCCAAGCUGCUGAUUCAGGUGCGAGUCCUGCUUGGAAAGCGUACAAUCCUCCCAGCUACCCACCCUCAGCUGCUGGUGGUCUACAAGAAGGUCCCGUCGAUGCCAAGCAACAGCCAGAAUCUAAUUUAGAUGCUGACAAUGACUCCGCAUGGUCAGGCGUUGAUCCACGUUCCAGCUACCGGUCUUCAACUGCUGGCAGUUUAAAAGGGAGUUGGAAGCAGCAGGAAGCAUCUAGUCCUGGUGCUCACGUGCACCCAGGAUGGCCAAGCUAUGACUUAGCCUCAAGCGGUCAACAAGCCAGUCCUAAUUCUGGGAUACAGCAACAAUUCCAUCCAGGUGUUCACGAGCACUCAGAAUGGUCAGGUGACAACUCUGCUUCCAGUUCCAAAACUUCAACUGGUUACCAAGCCAAUAAAAAUAUUGUCAAGCACCCAGGUUGGUCAAGCUAUGACUCGAGCUCCAAAUCUUCUGGACAACAACCAUCCAAUCCAGCUGUUCACAUGCACCCUGAAUGGUCAAGCCAUGGCUCUGAAUCUUCAACUGGAGGGCUGAAACAACCAACCAAUGUUCAUGUGCACCCAGGAUGGUCAGGCUAUGGUUCUUCUUCUGGCCAACAAACUUCUAAUCCAGCUGCUCAUGUGCACCCUGAAUGGUCGAGCACCGACUCUUCAACUGGAGGUCUGAAACAAACACCCCAUCAUGCGCACCCUGAAUGGUCAGGCUAUGGUUCCUCUUCCAGCUCCAAAUCUGGCCACCAAACAUCCAAUCCAGCGGUUCACAUGCACCCUGAAUGGUCAAGCUAUGGCUCUGAAUCUUCAACUGGAGGUCUGAAACAACCAUCCCAUGUUCCUGUGCACCCAGAAUGGUCAGGCUAUGGUUCUUCUUCUGGCCAACCAACAUCUAAUCCAGCUGCUCAUGUGCACCCUGAAUGGUCAAGCCACGACUCCUCCAGCUCAGAAUCUUCAACUGGAGGUCUGAAGCAACCAUCCCAUGUUCAUGUGCACCCAGGAUGGUCAGGCUAUGACUUUUCCUCAUCUGGCCAACAAACAUCCAAACCAGCUGCUCAUGUGCACCCUGAAUGGUCAAGCUUUGGUUCUGAAUCUUCAACUGGAGGUGUGAAACAACCAUCCAAUCAACAUGCUCAUGUGCACCCUGAAUUGUCAAACUAUGGUUCCUCUUCAAGCUCCAAAUCAUCUGGCCAACAACCAUCCAAUCAACAUGCUCAUGUGCACCCUGAAUUGUCAAGCUAUGGUUCCUCUUCAAGCUCCAAAUCAUCUGGCCAACAACCAUCCAAUCAACAUGCUCAUGUGCACCCUGAAUGGUCAAGCUAUGGUUCCUCUUCAAGCUCCAAAUCAUCUGGCCAACAAACAUCCAAUCCAGAUGCUCAUGUGCACCCUGAAUGGUCAAGUUAUGGCUCUUCCUCUUCUGGUCAAACUUCUAAACCAGCUGUUCAUGUACACCCCGGAUGGUCAGGCUAUGACUCCUCUAGCUCUAAAUCUUCGACUGGUGGUCAACAACCCUCCCAUCAACAUGCUCAUGUACACCCUGAAUGGUCAAGCUCCAAAUCAUCUGGCCAACAAACAUCCAAUCCAGCUGCUCAUGUGCACCCUGAAUGGUCAAGCUAUGGCUCUUCCUCUUCUGGUCAAACUUCUAAACCAGCUGUUCAUGUACACCCCGGAUGGUCAGGCUAUGGUUCCUCUAGCUCUAAAUCUUCCACUGGUGGUCAACAACCCUCCCAUCAACAUGCUCAUGUACACCCUGAAUGGUCAAGCUAUGGUUCCUCUUCGAGCCAAACAUCCAAUCCAGCUGUUCACAUGCACCCUGAAUGGUCAAGCUAUGGCUCUGAAUCUUCAACUGGAGGUCUGAAACAACCAUCCCAUGUACACCCAGGAUGGUCAGGCUAUGACCCUUCCUCUUCUGGUCAAACUUCUAAACCAGCUGGUCAUGUACACCCCGGAUGGUCAGGCUAUAGUUCCUCUAGCUCUAAAUCUUCCACUGGUGGUCAACAACCAUCCCAUCAACAUGCUCAUGUACACCCUGAAUGGUCAAGCUAUGGUUCGUCUUCUAGCCAACAAGCAUCCAAUCCAGCUGCUCACAUACACCCUCAAUGGUCAAGCCAUGACUCCAGCUCCAAAUCUUCAACUGGUGGUCAGCAACAAACAUCCCAUCAACAUGCUCAUGUGCACCCAGGAUGGUCUGGCUAUGACUCCUCUUCCAGCUCUAAUCCAGCUGCUCAUGUGCACCCAGGAUGGUCAAGCUAUGGACACUCCAGCUCACUGUACCCUGUAGUGGACCCUAGUGAGAAUUCUUACAGCUCUUCAGGAUCCUAUCACUCUGGUAGUGUUCCCAACAAGAACCUUCAUGGUUGGAACAGACCUGAGUGGGCUCCAAUGUAUCCAGCAGGAACCAAUGUGUUUGCCUUCAACCCGAGUGAUCCCAGCACUCAUUGGUUGUCUGGCCAGUCCAGCUCUGCUCCUGAAUACUCACCAACUUCCAUCGUCCAAUCCAGAUCUGGCUACCAACGUGCGCGAGAUGAAUUUGCCAGAAUGCAAUAUUCCCAAGCUGAUGUUCCGUCAGGCUUCUCCAGAAUUGUGAGCUCCCAAAGUGCCCUGAAGAACUGAGGAACGUGUGGUUUGGGUCUAUGCGGACUAAGAUUUAAUAAAAAAAAACUUCAACUUGAUCAUGACUUUGCUGUCUUUCC